CAUUAAUCAAUGAAAAUUAAGAACAAUUUAAAAGUUUAUUUGCAAUUAUUAUAGUAUUCUAUUUUAUUAAACAUGCUUGCCAGUGAGAGGUUAAUUUAUCGGUUAAACCCACGUAUGAUAUCAAGACAUCUUCCUUCUAUAUUAGAUUUAUUUUCUGUUUCGAUGAAAUAUUCUGUACCAACUGUUGUAAGACUUACUCAUGAUUUAGUUGUUCAACAAGUAUCUCCUUUAGACAGAUCAAAUUUACCAGUAAACAAGUAUUGUCUGAGAUCACAUACUUGUGGCGAGUUAACUAGCAAAAAUGUUGGAUCUAUGGUUCAGCUUAACGGUUGGAUUGAGUUUCAGAGAAUGAAUAAGUUUAUAACUUUAAGAGAUGCAUAUGGUUCUACACAACUUUUCAUAUCUGAUAAUAGAACAGAUUUAAUAGAGAUAAUAAAAGAUCUACCAUAUGAAAGUGUUAUAUGUGUUGUUGGAAUGGUAAAUAUGAGACCCGAAGGACAAAUAAACAAAAAAAUGAAGACCGGUGAUAUAGAAAUAUUAGUUGAUUCUAUAAAAGUUUUAAAUAAAGCAUCAGAACAUCUUCCAUUUUCUAUUAGGCAAUUUAACAAGGCAAAGGAAGUAACUCAAAUGAAAUAUAGAUAUCUUGCUUUAAGGUAUCCUGAAAUACAAAAGAAUUUAAGAAUACGUUCUAAACUUUUAAUGAAGAUGAGAGAAUACUUAAUCAAUGAGUGUGAUUUCGUAGAUGUGGAAACACCAACACUUUUUAAAAAUACACCUGGGGGUGCACAAGAAUUUAUAGUUCCAACAAGACAUCCAGGAAAGUUUUAUUCCCUUGUGCAAAGCCCACAACAAUUCAAACAAUUACUUAUGGUGGGUGGAAUUGAUAGGUAUUUUCAAAUUGCUCGAUGUUACAGGGAUGAAAGUGCAAGACAUGAUAGACAGCCAGAAUUUACACAACUAGAUAUUGAAAUGUCAUUUGUUGAUCAAGAGGGAAUAAUAGAUUUAAUCGAAAAUCUACUAAAGUAUAGUUGGCCAGAAACUAUAACUACACCUUUUAAACGCUUAACCUAUGAGGAUGCAAUGAAGUUGUAUGGUACAGAUCAACCAGACUUGAGAAUACCUUAUGAAAUUCAGUAUCUUACAAAAUUUGUUAAUAUGGCUACAUUGGAGAAAGAUAUGAAAUUAACAAAUAGCAAAGAUUGCGAAGUCUGUGCUUUAGUUUUUCCCAAUAAAUGUAAAUACUUAACACGUUCUGUUAGAGAAGAAUUUAAUGAUAUAAAAAACAAAUAUUUUCCAACUGUCAAACUGUUUCAAAUAAAAACUUUGGAUAAUUCUUGGAAAUUACAAUUAGAAAAAUUAUUUUCUACGAAAAUAGCAGAAGAUAUAAUACGAACAUUGAAUCUGAACAUUGGAGAUGUUCUUUUUUUAACCGUUGGUCCUAAGCUUAAUUCUCAAAAGCUUUUAGGAAAAUUUCGAAUUGAAUUUACAAACGUAUUGGAAAAUAAUAAUUUAAAAAUACGUUCACCUGGCUACAACUUUUUAUGGCUUAUUAAUUUUCCAUUAUUUGAAGUAAAUGAAUCACAAUUAUUAGAAAGUAUGCAUCAUCCAUUUACACAACCUCAUCCAAAAGAUAUGAAAUAUCUUGAAACAGAACCUGAAAAGGUGCGAGGUUUACAUUAUGAUUUAAUUUUAAAUGGUUCAGAAAUAGGAGGAGGUUCUAUAAGAAUUCACGAUACAAAUCUUCAAAAACAAAUAUUUAAAAUGUUGAACAUAAAUGAGAAACAACUUUCACAUAUGCUUGAAGCAUUGUCUAGUGGUGCACCACCUCACGGUGGUAUAGCAUUGGGUCUGGAUCGUCUCCUUUGUAUACUCUGCAAUGCGGAAGGUAUAAGAAAUGUUAUAGCAUUCCCAAAAACAAUAGAAGGACGAGACUUGAUGUCUGAAGCUCCUGUUCCAAUUCCCACAGAAGUCCAAGAGUUAUAUCAUAUAAAAAUAAUAGAUGAACGAAGUAAUAUUUAAAAUUAAAUUUCUUAUUCUACAUUUGAUUAAAUUUAUUAUAUUUUGACAAAAAUAAACUAUACAGGUAAGAUUCAUCAAAUGAAUGGUAUUUUAAGUGAAAUUUAAUUAUCAGUAUCUUUACAUAACUUAAAUGGAUAAAAGAAUACAAUUUAUAUAAAUGAAACUUCACAUUUGAUUAAUACAUUCACAUCCUUUCCGAUAACAAUGUCAUACAAUACCAAAAGUCUGAAUUUAGUAAAAGUUUUAUAUCCAUACUGAUAUUUAUAUAGGAUCUUGAAACUUAAAAAAGAAGAAACUAAAUAUUAAAAUUGAAAAUCUAUAUUUCUACUUUUGAAUUCCUUACGCCAAUUAAUAAUAAUAUCUGAAAUGGACUGUACGAAUAAAUGUUAGCAGGGAUCUGAACAAGGAAGAAUAAGAACACUUUCUUUCAAUUCAUAUAUUCAUCUAAUCCACUAUCGUGAGAAAAAGAAAAAGUUCGUUUUGUUUUCUCCGUUGAAACUUGGAAGCAAUAGAAUAUAUAUAUAUACAUAUACCAAAAGUUCUACUUUUCAAAUAUUUUCU